CAACACUCAGUGUCAACCAAUAGCUACUUGCUUCACUUUUUUUUAGAUAUUCAGUUUUUGUUUCAGUGAGUCAUGUGCUUCUAUUUGGUGAUGAGAACGUACAGAGUGCUGGAACAAAUAAGUAAUUCUCGACGUUGUAUCUGUUAAGUUUGUACCAUCAUAUAUUUGCUUUAUUACAUAUAUUCUGACUUUGCAACUUUGAGCACUCACUGUUCUUAUCCCAACCGAGUCCUCUUUCUUUCUUCAUGUCAUGUCCAAUAUAUUAUUAUGGGAACCAGAUAUUUGACAGUUUUAAGCUUUCUAAUUAAUGAUUCUUUAAUGUUUAGGAUGUUUACUGACACCUGCAAGAGGAUGAGGAUCAUGAAGGGUUCUGACGCCAUUGGUUUAGGUGCGUUGUGUCAUUAAAAUUUAUUUUUUAAUUCAAUAUAUAGCAAUCUGAACUGUCGAAGGAUAGCAGUGACUAAAGCUAUUCUCUUAAGAAUUUUGAGUCCUUUAGACACCAGUAGUCCAGUACCACAUGUUUUACUGAUGCAUCAGAGGCAUAGGAUAGCAGUGAACGAUGCCAUCCUUUUAAGAAUGAGUAGUCCUCUUAGAUAUCAGUACCAUGGCAUCUACUUGUGUUUUGCUGAAAGAUUGAGUGUGCCAUAGAGAAGACAGAAGUGUAGUAAGAAAAUUGUGUUCUAGAAUCAAAGGUUGGCUUGCAGAAUGAUUGAGUUGGCUGUUAUUUGCCAAUCCAUGCAGAAUGUCUUUGAAAACCUCAAUAGCCUGCUUGAUCCAUUGCAAGUGUCUCUGGAUUUGCCCGUCCUCUAUUUUUUAUGAGCAUUCCCAUCUAUUUGGUACAUUAUUAUGUCUGCAAUAUUUGGUUAAACGCCAUGGUUCUGCUUUAGGUUUGCUAAGUUAUGUUGGAACUCUAUUAACAUGCAUGUAGUAAUUCUGUUAACGAGUCAUUUGAUUUGGAUCUUGUCUUGGCCAGACAACAGGUAGAGGGUUUGGCCAUCAGGACUGGGGAAAAUGUUGGUCUGUUUAUGCAAAAUUGUCCUCUUUUAUGGCCCUUGCAUCUGAGAUGCAUCCUGAUUUCCAAUAGCAUGACCACUUGAAUCAUUCAUGUGAAGCUCAGUUUAUGCCGAGAUCCUGAGUAUGCAAGAACUCAGAAUUCGCACACGAGCAUUAUAUUCGAUAAUGAGUUCCUGAUGUUUGACUAGGCACCGAGGAAGGAACACAUGUGAAAUGCUACUAGAGUUAUUCGAGUCGUGUAUAAUGUCUGCAAAUGUUGAAACCAGUGGGGUUAUCAUGUCAUGAAUGACGAUUAGUAUUUGUAGUGGAACUUCAAUACUUCAUUAUAACAGAAGUUGCCGUACUUUGAUUUGUUUGCAGCCCCACGGGCGGUAGAGAAGUGCAGGAACAAGAAAUAGCCAGCAGCAGUUGCCAGGGAAGCAGGAAGAAAGAAGGUGUUGGGAUUGGAUGGAUUGCUGCGGGUAAUGGCUUUUUAUGUUGCGUUAGUAGUUGGGCGUUUUUAAUAUGUAUUUUAACUCCGUUUUGUUUGUUAAGUUGAAUUAAGAGGAAAGAAAGAGAAGUGGGUGUUAUGGUGUUGUCUGUUGUAGUUGUGCUGUGCUGUGCUUUUGCUGUCAAGAAGCCUUGCUUGCUGUCUCCUUGUCAAUUGAAAAAGAAAACUCCAAUGCACAACUUAAAAAUUGUAUUUGUGAGAGCGCAAUUUUAUUCUAUGUGUGUUUUUCUAAAAUAAACAAAGAAAAAAAAAAGAGUUUGAUGAAUGAAUGAAGUAAACAGGGUUUUUUUCUUCUUCUUUUUUUCAGGGACCAGGAUACCGGACCGGCCGGUCGGACCGGAAAAACCGGAAACCGGACCUGGCUCGGCACAACAUGGCCUGUGUAUCAUCCAAGAGGCUGCCGGCCGGUUUUUACGGUUGGACCGCAACCGGCCGAAAUUUCGGCCGGUUUUAUUAAAACCGGCGGUCCCUUUAAUUAGCUGAAAUGGCGCCGUUUUGACCAAGUAAAAAAAGGAAGAGAAGCAGCGAAAGUCGAAACCCUACUCUCCUCUCCACACUCUCCUCUCGUCUCCCCCGCGCCGCUCUGCCUUUCCAUCCAAAUUCCUUUCCAUCCUCUCGUCUCCCCCCGCGCCGCUCUGCCUUUCUCACCACCGGCGACGGCGCCUUGUCCUCCCCGGCAUCGGCGACUCGUCCUCCCCGGCAACAUGGGAUGGGCAAUCGCUCUAACCCAACCCAACCGAAGACAGAGGAACAGAAGCAGCCGGCGUGGAGAACAUGGGAUGGGCAAUCGCUCACUUUCCCCUGACCGCCGCCUCCCUCGCGAGGCCGCUCUCCGCCACUGCCUCCAACUCGGCGUCUCCGCUCUCCAAUCCCACGCCCACCCUCUCGACGUCGUCGAACUCGUGGUUCGCGAAUUAGAGAACCACCCGCAGUUCAAUGCUGGAAAGGGAUCGGUGUUGACCACUGACGGGAUAGUUGAGAUGGAAGCCUGCAUCAUGGACGGCAAAACUAUGAGGUGCGGAGCUGUCUCUGGGCUAACCACUCUUGUCAACGCCGUAUCGGUGGCGAGGCUAGUCAUGGACAAGACUCCUCACAUUUAUCUUGGGUUCCAAGGUGCUGAAGCUUUCGCUAGGGAACAUGUUAGUCCUUCCAACUUUGCUGCUAAUUCACAAUCUUCACUCCAUUGACAUUCUUUGUCUGCAACACUCAGUCUUGAUUUCAUCCAUGUUGUUUUCGGGGUUUUUUUGCUGCAAAAGCUGCCUGCUGUUAGUUCAGUUGGUUUCACCCGUGAUUGAGGGGGUUAUUGAAUCAUCCAGGGACUAGAGACUGUGGAUCCAAGUCAUUUCAUUAAUAAGAGGUGGGAUAAACAUUUGAGCCGUGAUUUGUUUGUGGCAUCAUACUUCCUUAAUCCGGUUUUCAAGUAUGCCAACAUUAAGCUUGUGGUUUUUGUACUAGUUUCUAAAAAUGUAUUUGGAUGAUUAUGAGGUUUAUUAGGUAUUGAAAUCUCGCACUUUGUUGAAUGUUACCUAAGCUUAUUUACUUUUUUACAGUUUUUUAGGCGGUAUAAUCCGGUUUUAUUCCGGUAUUUUCCCGCUAUGGUACCCUAAUUUUGUCGGUACGGUUUUUUAACAAAAAAAUAAUUUUUUU